CACGAGGAAGGUCAGACCCUGGCCGGGCACACUCACGCGUGGCCACCGCUCACCAUGCACAUAACCCAGCUCAACUGGGAGUGCCUGCUGCACCUCUUCUCCUUCCUGGACAAGGACAGCAGGAAGAGCCUGGCCAGGACCUGCACCCAGCUCCACGCUGUGUUUGAGGACCCCGCGCUCUGGCCUCUUCUGCACUUCCACUCCCUCACCGAGCUCAAGAAGGACAACUUCUUGCUGGGCCCGGCGCUCCGCUGCCUGUCUAUCUGCUGGCACUCCAGCCGCGUGCAGGUGUGCAGCAUUGAGGACUGGCUCAAGAGCGCCCUCCAGAGGAGCAUCUGCAGCCGGCAUGAGAACCUCGUCAGUGAUUUCCUCCUCCAGGUGUGCGACAGGUGCCCCAACCUGGCGUCUCUCACCCUAUCGGGCUGUGGCCACGUCACCGAUGACUGCCUGGCGCGCCUGCUGCGCUGCUGCCCGCGCCUGCGCACGCUGCGCUUAGAGAACUACCAAAGCUCCCCUGGAAGCAACAAGGGCAGCCCCCAGUCUGAUUCCUGA